CUCGUUUUAUUUUCUUAGCUUGUUUGGGAUUUUUUUAGUCCCCUCUUUUGCAUAUAAAAAAAACAUUUGCGACCAAGCUGGGCUUUUAAUCCUUCAAGAAUUUGACAUCAACCAACAAAAACCAUAACAUGAUAAUUGGGCCGUAAAACCCCCAAACUUCUUCUAUCUUAAACACCUUUAAAACAUAUCUCCCGACUCACCGGAAAAUCCACACUUUCUCUCUCCUACUCGCCGGAAAACCCUAACUUUCCGGCGGAAGCCAUGGAAAUAGCUUCAAAUUCCAUUAACGUGCGCGACCUUCUCUCCUCAUCUGACCUCAACGAUCCUUCCUCUCCACUCUCCGCACCUGACCUUCGCCUUCUGAUCAACAAUCUCGACAAUCAUUCUCACCACAUCAAAUCCAAAGUUCAAUCCUACAUUCUCUCUCAUCACUCUCACUUCUCCGACCUUCUUUCUCUCUCCUCAACUUCCUUCUCUCACUCACUUUCUCUCUCCUCCGACCUCCACUCCCUUCUCUCUCUCCUCUCCCACGACGAUGAUCGACGUGAAAUUAAGUCUGUUCUUGACGAGAUUCGAUCCGUGGUUGCUGAGUUAGAGGCGAAGAAGAAUCAAGCGUCGAUUUUGAGGGUGAUUGUUAGGUUGAGUAAGAAAUUGGGGAAUGUGAAGGAAUUGAUGAGAAUUGGGGAUGUUGUUGAAGCUGCGAAAUUGGUUAGGGUUUUGAAGAAGGCGUUGAGAGUUGGGGGUGUUGAUGAGGAGAGAGAAAAUGAGGAGGUUGUUGUUUAUGGUUUGCUUAGGAAACAAUGGUUGCUCUGCUUUGAAGAGAUUCAGGAUUUGCUUGUUAAGUUUAUGGAUGAUGCUGUGAGGUUUGACCGCGAAUUGGGUGGUAUUCGGGUUUUGUAUUGCUCCGGCGUUGGCGAGGCUCGUGGAGUUGAGCUUCGUACAGUUUUGGAAGCCAUGGAUGUGCUAGGAAUACUUAACUAUGGGCUUGCAAGAACUGCUGACUUAUUUAUCAAGCACGCCAUUGCUCCUGCUGCGAAUUUAAAGGCCCUGGUUUCUUUUGUGGAAGAAUCUAGUGGGAGUUUGGCAGAGACUGGUAACUCAAUCUUGAAGAUAAUCUCUAGACCAGAAUCGAAGGUAGAAGACAUGGAUUGCAACGCUCUGUUCUCAAGAAUGAUGAUAGUUGUGAAAUUUAUCUACAAAAAUAUAUGUCUUGAAAAUGGUUCUUGGAUGCGCUGUUUCGGAAAAUUGACGUGGCCAAGGAUGUCUGAGCUUAUUAUCUCUAACUUCCUCUCAAAGGUUGUCCCUGACGAUGCUUCUAAGUUAGCUGAUUUUCAAAAAAUUAUGAUUGCUUCUUCAGAAUUCGAGACUGACUUAAAGGAGGUUAUGUUCAUAUCUGAGUCUGAUAAGAAUGAUGAAAGGCUGAGCAACUUUGCUGAUAAUGUGGAGGUGCAUUUUGCUGUGAGGAAAAAGACUGAAAUGUUGGCAAAUGCUAGGCAGUUGAUUCUGCGAUGUGACUUUACGGUUCCAGAAGAGUUUGGUAGCAAAGGACCUAAUUUCAGAAAUAACAGAAACAGUGACUGUGCUGUCAAUUUGCUUUUUUCGUCAGAGAGGUGUAUAGUGUCUCAUGCCGCUUGUCAAUUGAUGAAGUUGGUGCAUCAAACACUUCAAGAUGUUUGUUUGUCGUCCCCACGAGUAGCAUUGGAAUUCUAUCAUGCUGCAAGGGAUGUUCUAUUGCUGUAUGAAGCUAUCAUUCCAAUCAAGUUAGAGCGACAGCGUGACAGCAUCAACCAGGCUGCUGUUCUUAUGCACAAUGACUGUCUUUAUCUCUCCCAAGAAGCUAUGGGGCUGGCAUUUGAGUACCGACCGGACUUCCCUAGCUUCUUGAAAGAGCAUGCCAUAUUUGUUGAUAUAGCUCCUAGAUUGCAGCUAUUGGCAGAAGACAUACUCCAGCAGCACGUUCAAGUUACAAUCUCUAACUUGAAGGAGGCUAUAGAUGGAGCUGAUGGAUAUCAGAAUACUCAUCAAAUGCCUCAAUACGAGUCUGCAAAGUUUAGCUUAGAGCGGGUUAUUUUCAUCCUUGAGAAAGUCCGUAUGCUGUGGCAGCCUGUGUUACUUCCUUCAACAUACAAAAAGUGUAUGUGUAUGGCUCUGGAAUCAGUUUUUUCAAGAAUUGCACAGGACAUACUCUUCCUAGAUGAUAUAGCUGCCGAAGAAACCCUGCAACUUCAAAGGCUGAUUUAUAUGUUAUUGGAGAGUCUUGCACCAUUGCUAGAAGCCCUGGGCAGUAUUAAGUUUGAUAAGAAAUCUGAUGAGAACUUUUCACGUCCACUUGAAGCAGACAUUCCAUCCUUGGGAAAACUUCGGAAAUUAUCUGAACUGCUGGACUUACCGUUAAAGUCCAUCACCGAAGCUUGGGAAUGUGGAGACCUGUAUGGCUGUGGAUUUGUUUUAACAGAGGUUGUAGAUUUCAUCAAAGCCAUAUUUACCGACUCCCUGUUGCGGAAAGAUUGCUUGACGAGAAUAUACAGAAUUAACUUUUAGAUGGCCCUUUUGGCACAUGAAAAAUGAACCUACUUGGAAGUAAUUCAAGUUAAUGGCUUCCAUCAAUUCUAACAGAUUGCUCAGUAUCUGAACUAUGGAGAAGAGCACUGCUUUUUUGCACUUCUGUUGCCUGUUAUUCUUAGUUUCUCUUUUUUUGUUUUUGUGGUUGGAGGAUGACUUCGACUUUGUAUAUUCUUCUUUAUAGAUUCUAGCUUUUUAUAAAUAUUGUCUAGGGCAUGUUACUAUGUAAAUUAUGAAGAUGUAUACAUCUCCAUGUAAUAUUUUCAUUUUGAAGGAAGCUUUAUCAGAGAGUGAAAUAUCUGUUUAA